UAGCGGGCUUUGCAAUCUGAACGAUAAUCGGCAGGACACAAAAACGUGUCAUUAAACAUCUGAGAUCUUUGAACUUUGCACUAAAAUAAACCGGAUUUUGUAUACUAUAACCAUUCACGUGGGUGCCAGUAGGUCUGCCAAUGCCAUUUUUUUGCGUGUGGCAUCAAUAAUGUGGCAGCCAUAUAAAAUGUGGCCAGGAGCACGCCAAUCCGUAGUCGGCCCUAAAAUGCUGCUCGACACGGACAUGGCCAGUGGAGUGAUCCGCUCGCCAUAUAGUUUUGACAUCCCACACGCCUUUAUCUUCAACGAAUCGCAGUUUGUGGUGCCCAAGUUCUGUGGUCCCUACAUGGAGAUAGUGAAGCACUUCGCUGAGGUGUACCACUACCAGCUGUUUCUCGAUCCUCUCGAGAGCUUGCCCAAGAAAUCGGUGGUGGAGCAGGACAUUAUCAGUGGCAAGUACAACCUCUCGCUCCAUGGGGUUAUCAUUAGGCCAGAGGCAACCAGUGACUUCUUCAACGCCACGCAGCAUAGUUAUCCUCUGGAGCUGAUGACGAACUGCGUAAUGGUACCCCUGGCUCCGGAGCUGCCCAAGUGGAUGUACAUGGUGUGGCCGCUGGGCAAGUACAUCUGGACAUGCCUCUUCCUCGGCACCUUCUAUGUCGCGCUCCUGCUGAGGUAUGUGCACUGGCGGGAGCCAGGGAAUGCAACCCGAUCUUACACCAGGAACGUACUUCACGCCAUGGCCCUUUUGAUGUUUAGUGCCAACAUGAACAUGUCCGUGAAGCUGAAGCACGCCUCGAUUCGCGUCAUAAUCUUCUACACGCUACUCUACAUCUUUGGAUUCAUCCUGACCAAUUACCACCUCAGUCACAUGACGGCCUUCGAUAUGAAGCCGGUGUUUCUGCGGCCCAUCGACACCUGGUCGGAUCUGAUCCACUCGAGACUGCGCAUCGUUAUCCACGACUCGCUGCUGGAUGAGCUGCGAUGGCUGCCGGACUACCAGGCCCUGCUGGCGAGUCCAUCGCGUUCCUACGCCUAUGUGGUCACCCAGGAUGCCUGGUUGUUCUUUAACCGACAGCAGAAGGUGCUCAUCCAGCCGUACUUCCACCUGUCCAAGGUGUGCUUCGGCGGUCUCUUCAACGCCCUGCCGAUGGCCUCCAAUGCCAGCUUUGCCGGCUCCCUGAACAAGUUCAUUCUGAACGUUUGGCAGGCGGGUUUGUGGAACUACUGGGAAGAGCUAGCCUUUCGGCAUGCCGAGCAGGCUGGCUACGCGAAAGUUUUCUUGGACACAUAUCCAGUGGAACCACUAAACCUGGAGUUCUUCAGCACGGCAUGGAUUGUCUUAUCCGCGGGAAUACCCAUUAGUUCGCUGGCUUUCUGCUUGGAGCUCUUUAUUCAUCGACGAAAGCAAAGACGUCCACAGUAUGAACGAUUUGAGUGCUACGAUUACUAACAAGUGGAAAUAUCAUUGUACUCUAUUAUCAAGGGCUUAGUUAUCAUAAUGCUUAAAUGUGAUUUUAAUAACUUAGAAUAGGUCUCAGAAUACACUGAGCUUCAGUAGAGGAUAUUCAAAUAGGAGCUGAGGGAGGUAAUGUAUAAGUUUUCCCAUGGGAGCAAUUAAUAAGAAAUAUAUUGGGGCAAAAAAAUUAACCUGGCUUACAAAUCGUGGAGCGUUUCAAUUAAUUCAUGGAGCUUCUAAGACGAAGUCAUGUGGUCAUCGUAUCGGAUUUGUGUUUUCUUGUUGACCACCUAUCAUACGAGU